GGCGUGAGAAUCAUGCUUUGCUGCAAACUUCUUUUUUAACACGUGUUCGUUGGUAACGUGGGCGUGCCGACAGGCCGGAUGAGGCCUGACUUGUCUCCAGUCGCUUACCUAAGGUGCGCCUCGGGGUAUUGCCAUGAUCCUUUGCGUCAUCAAUUUUCAUCGCUUUGUUAGGCAACCUCGUACCCAGGGCACGAGUAAAGACCCUGGGUACGAGGUUGUUUGUUAGAAACUGUAGAAGAGUCAGGGCUGUGGCCUCGAUACGUUUUGAAACCUCUGACAAUUGUCAUUUCAGUAUAAGCGUCGCUUUGCGUUGCGCGUCCUAGCUCGUAUUCCAAUCAAUCCAUCGUCAACAUGAGCGUGAAUGAACAGCAAAAAGCUUAUCAUUUGAGAAAAAUGAGAACACGUAUGCACAGAAUGGAUAUGAACCACGAUGGCUAUAUCUCACGCGAAGACUUUGAGCUCAUGGCUAAAAGAUUGAUAGAACACACUUGUGAUAUCACCGAGGAAAAAUGCCAAGCAAUUACUGCGACGUUCGCAAAGGUUGCCGAUCUCAUGAGUCUUAAACCUGGUAUGAAGAUUCCGUUGGAAGAAGCUGCCAAGGCCGCCAGCGACGUGCUCUUGUCGCCAUCAGGCGAGAAACCCUCCGGAGUCCACGAUAUGCUGUUUGAUUGCAUCGAUACAAACAGCAAUGGAACCAUAUCCGAAAAAGAAUUUAAAGUCUACUUCAAUGUUAUUGCUCACAACAUAAAUGACGAAGAAAUUAAGCGUUGCUUUGACGUCAUUGAUUCGAAUAGCAACGGCGUGAUCAACCGAGACGAGUUCGUCGCUGCGGCAAAAGAGUUUUUCUUCGGAGUGGAAGAGACCGAGUUGGCGAAUGCAUUUUAUGGACAAUUGUUGCCAAAUUGAUUAUCUAAAUGCUGUUCAAGAUAUGCGACGGGACAUACAAUUAUAAAGUAUAGCAGUAGAGGAUGAACACCUAUAGCUGUCAUCAUAUUUCGAUAUUACAUGCACUGAUAAUGCAACUCAGAAUAGUAUAUAGUCAUAUGCAAUUAAAAUCAGUAUUCAAAUAUAAUUUUGGGGAUUUAGUUUA